CAAAGGGGUUUAUUCAAUAAAAGGUAGAAAACAAGAAAUUUGGGUGGAUUAUUUUUGGCUUGGUUUGGGGCUGUCCAUUCGGCCUUAAGUGGGGGAAUCACAACAAGAUGUUUUAGGUAGCAUUGGGGAUUGAAUUUGGCAACAAGAUGUUUUAGGUAGCAUUGGGGAUUGAAUUUGGCUUGUUUUGAUGGGAACAAUUCGGCCAUAUGGGUUCAACACAAAGGAAACAACAUGGCUUGACUUUAAGUGAAUAAUAGGACAAGAAGUUACUAUUCAAUCAAAGACUUCUUUGCUGAUUUUGCCCUUUUGUUUUGUGUGGUGAUUUAGGCCUGAUUUUGGGGAGAAAAAUGGUAGAGAAUUUCGUCCUUAGUUUUAGGAAAUAAAUAGGAAAGACAUUAUUUUGGUAAAGGGACUUUAAAAGAAACAAACAAAAGUUUUAAAAGAUAAAAACAAGAAACUAAGGUUUUAUUUUGUCUUCUUUGGUCUCAUUUUCGUCCAAGGCUUCAAAAUGGAUGGGGAAGACUUUAUUUUGGAUAAAAUAAAAGAUAAAAUACUUUUGGAUAUGUUGGGAGAGGUGAACACCAAGUGCCUAAGCCAAUGGACAAGCUCACAACCGACGACAAGAAAAAACUCUCCUUGAAUGCCAAAGCAUUAAACGUGUUGUUUUGUGCCUUGGGUCAAGAUGAGUUUGCUAGAGUGAGCUAUUGCAAAUCCGCAAAGGAAGCAUGGAAGCUCUUAGAAGCCACCCAUGAAGGAGAUAAAGACACAAAAGCUACCAAGAUAGCUUUAGGAACAUCCAAGUAUGAAAACUUCAAGAUGAAGGCCGGAGAAUCCGUUCAAGAUAUGAACAAAAGAUUCAACCUCAUUAUCAACAAUUUGAGUAAGCUAAAUAAAGUUUAUCCUACUAGUAAGAUUAACACCAAGAUUAUAUUCUCUCUUCCUAGAGAGUGGCAUAGUCUUGUUAUAAACUUAUUGCCCAAAUGUGCGGAUGUUGAAACCUCCACCAUUUGGAGCAGCCUAUACUCUCACGAGCUUCUUUUGAAGAAAAUGAAGGAAGAAGAACAGGUUCCUAUCAUCAAGAAGACCAUGGAACUCAAAACUGAUGACCAUCGGGAGAGCGAAGGAGAAAGUGAUGAGGAGCUUGCCAUGUUCAAGAGAUACAAAAAGUUUAUGAAAUGGAACAAGGGCGAAUCCUCAAAACGAUUUCCACCAAAGAAAGGUAAAUCUAAUCAAAUAACGUGUUAUGAGUGUGGAAAUGUAGGACACAUCAAACCGGAGUGCCCAAAGCUCAAAAAGAAGGAAGAGCUUAAAAAGGGGAAGAAGAAGGCACUAAAUGUCACUCGGGAUGAUUUAAACUCGGACAAAAGUGAUACUGACCAAAGCCAAGAAGAAAACACAAAUGCUUGCUUCAUGGAAUCAAACGAUGAAGAAGAGAUUAGAGAGGAGUACUACAUGAAGAAGGAGUUCCAAAAUCUUGAUGAGGCGACACGAGCCGAGUAUGGCCCUUGGCGUUCCAUGUCAUCUUCGCCUUCCACUUCCCGAGCACCCCGAGCCAUAGCCAAAGAAAAUGCCAACACGGAAGUCCCCAUUCGUGUUCCUCGGGUCAAACGUUCAAAGUCGGCGUCUCAUGCUUCAUCAGCCUCUCUCAUGCAUCGUCACUCCCUCAUGGCCUCCACUUCUAAAAAUCCUUUCAAGAAGUUCAAGAAAUUCAUUCUCAAGACCGUGGUGGCUCCGAUGAAAAAACUUCAAGAAAGCCUCGAUGACCUCUCGGAUCGCAUGAAGAAAAUGGAGGACCGUGAGAAUCGCCAAAAGCAAAAUGAGGAUCGUGCUUCUAGACAUCGUCGCUAAGUGUUGGGCAUUUGACAAAAUGAUCAAACAUUCUCUUCUUUAUGUUUUCAAAACAAUGAUGUAUUUAGUUUUAUGUUUUAAAACUCCUUAUCAUGUCUUAUGUUUCAAACUCGUAUUUAUGCACUUUUAUGAUUGAAAACCCCUUUGUUAUGCGUGUGCUUUGAUGAUGCUUGUGGUUUACUUGAAUGCUUCUUGAUUGCCGUGAUAAAAGCCUUUGUGUUGA